CGCAGCCCGCGCCGGUGCUGAAUGCAAGUGAGAAAUUCUACUGCGUGAUCCGCGAGGCAGACAGGCGCAGGCGGCGGUGCCCGUUUUUCAGAGGAUUUCGACUCAUUUGUGACACACAACCGGACUCAAGGUGACUGGGGAACAGGAAGAGAGCCUUGAUGUGGGCAGUAUGAGUAAGACGCCCCCUAACAGAAGAGGGAUAACAUUUGAGGUGGGAGCUCAGCUCGAGGCCAGAGAUAGCCUCAAAAACUGGUAUGCCGCCAACAUUGAGAAGAUUGAUUACAACGAUGAGAAAGUACUAAUUCAUUACCGUCAGUGGAGUCACCGUUAUGACGAGUGGUUUGAGUGGACAAGUCCCUACCUGAGACCCGUCGAGAGGGUCCAACUGAGGCGCCGAGGUUUGCAGGACGACGCUCCCGUGCCUGGUUUUCAAGUGAAUGACAAGGUCCUGGCCAGCUGGUCUGAUUGCCGUUUCUAUCCUGCAAAAGUCAUCUCGGUCAAUAAAGAUGUGUCUUACACGGUGAAGUUCUUUGAUGGCGUCAUCCAGACAGUGAAAGGAAUUCACGUGAAACCUUUUAUAAAAGAGAGAGGCGCACGAAAGUCUCUGAGUUCGGAGAGAAACAUGGUCAGGAGAGUCGCCAACCGCAAAGAGCGCAGACCCCCGGUGAACGGCGAGCCGCGGAACAAGCGGGCUCGGCGCAGCACCUCCGACCAGGAGAACGACAGCGUCAGUGACGAGGACGAGCGGGAAGCCGGCACGCUGAACGGGAAAAGCAAAAGGGCCAACGGCGCCGCCGAGGCCUCGCCCGCUCUCAAAGGCGCCGAAUCGGAUCAGAAGAAGCCCGGCGACGCCGAGGAUGGCGGCCGACUCACAAAUGGCGCCAAGGAGCGGCGCGACGAAAAAUGUCACGAAAACGGAGACGUGAAAAGGGAAGAGGAGGAAGCGGAAACGGAGGCCGACCCCACAUACGGUGACUCGGCAAAGCCGUACGCGGAGGCGCCCGAGCGGACGACCGGCGAAUGCAUGGACGACGUGGAGCGGAAGCCCAACAUCAAAUCCGAGAGCUCGCAGCCCGCCGUCACCCCGCCGUCCCAGCCCGUCAAGCCUGCGAGGAAGCAGGGUUUCCACAACCCCAACAGAUUUAGCAGAGAACCACUGUACAGGGUGAUCAAAAACCAGCCCCCCCCUGUGCUGUCCAUCAACCUGGACCACAACCCGUUCAAAUGCAGCGCGGCCGGCUGCGCAAAGUCCUUCCGUAAGGCCAAACUCUUGCAUUACCAUAUGAAAUAUUACCACGGCGAGGAGCAGCCCCCGGAGGACGAGCGCAGCCCCACCGGGAGCGGCCACGCCGGCCCGGCCGACAAACGGGCGGCCUGCGCCGCCGCCGAUGGACCAAAGAGAAGACGAACCAUCUCUGCCUCAAUGCACUCGGUCGCCGCGGCGGCGACUCGGGGCGAAGCGAAGGCCGCGGGCAGACGCACCUCCGCUCCCUCCGCCAUCGGCGCGCACGGCCAUCAGCAGAGGGCGCUGCUGAGGGAGAAGUGCAAGGAGAACCAGCUGGACAGGAACGGAUGCCAGCGGCAGGAGAAAGAAUCCGACAAGCGCGGCUUGGACGCGGGUCCAGUCAAAGAUAGACCAAAAGACAAACCCAAACAGAAGGACUUCCUUCGCAUUAAGCUUAAGAAGAGGAAGAAAAAGAAGAAAGCCCAGUCCGACUGCACAGAUAUUGAGGAGAAUAUUGACUUGUCAGUUCUGUGCCCUCCACCCAAAUUGAAAAUGCCAUUCAAAUCGGCCCCCUCGCACAAUUACAAGCGUGAGGCCUACCGCUGCAGGCCCGGAUACAGCCACUCGGUGCAGAUAAAUGUGGAUGACGAGGACAGUUUAAGCGACUGGUCCACCGACAGCUGCGGCUGGAGCGACGACGACUACGGCGCCGACGUGGGUGUGACCAGCCCGCCUCUGAGCCUGGACUGCGGCGCCGACAGCAACGACCAAGAGAUCGUGCGGUGCAUCUGCGAGGUGGAGGAGGAGAACGAUUUCAUGAUCCAGUGUGAAGACUGCCUGUGCUGGCAGCAUGGCACCUGCAUGGGCUUGCUGGAAGACAACGUCCCAGACAGAUAUGCUUGCUACAUUUGCAGAGACCCUCCAGGUCAGAGGCAGAGUCUGCGCUACUGGUACGACCGCGAAUGGUUGAGCAACGGCCACAUGUACGGCCUGUCCUUCUUGGAAGAAAACUACUCUCACCAAAACGCCAAGAAGAUCACCGCCACCCACCAGCUGCUGGGAGACGUGCACCACGUGCUCCAGAUUCUCAAUGGCCUGCAGUUGAAGAUGAACAUUUUACAAAACAAGACGCAUCCUGACCUGAAGCUAUGGCGCCAACCUUGGAAGAGAGUUUCAAGGCCGCCGAGCGGCCGGGACUCUUUCCGAGCCGGUGCCGCGGCCCCCUCCCCCGUCACUCCUGACGAGGACGCAUGUCGCGGUGAGAUUUUAAUGUCCAACGCCCUGGAGAAGCUGAGCCGGGCCGCCGCCGCCGCCGGCGCCUCGUCCUGCUCCUCGUCCCCGUUCCCCUCCUUCCAGGACUCGUAUAUCACCAGCGAACACUGCUACCAAAAACCGCGCACCUACUACCCGGCCGUGGAGCAAAGACUGGUGGUGGAGACCCGACAAGGCUCCGAGCUGGAGGACAGCAUGAGAAGCACCGAAGAGCUGUUGGAGCGCGAGCAGCGCUUCGGCAGCCUGUUGGAGAUGGACGACAAGCCCAAAUCCAUCGGCAACAAGGCUACGUGUGGAGGCUCCUGGCCUGACGUAGAAAUAAAGAGAGAAGUCGGGAGUCAUCUCGAAGAGGCUGCCGUCAACUGCAAGCCGCAACAGCAGUGGCAGCUCAACCUGCUGGAUCACAUCGACGCGGUCCAAGACGAGGUCUCGCACCGGAUGGACUUUAUUGAGCGGGAGUUGGAUGUGCUGGAAAGCUGGUUGGACUACACCGGGGAACUGGAGCCUCCCGAACCGCUGGCCCGUCUGCCUCAGCUCAAACAGCGCAUGAAGCGGCUGAUGUCGCAGCUGGGAAAGGUGCAUCAGCUCGCCCUGUUCAGCUCCACAUGAGGGCGCCGCGCGGAAUCGCGUUGAACUCGCCGGUCGCAAGCCUCCGCACCCGACGUCUGCGGCUGCUUCUCAUUCCUUCAAGGGUUGGACGUGGUGAAUUCAGAUGCGUCCGCCACUGGCAUCCUUGUAUGGAAAGCCAGCAUUACGAGUCAGGAUUAUACACGAUACGUUGCCUCGUAAUGCUGGAAAGAUCGCACAGUGGUCCCCACGCAACUUGCUCCGAUGCCUUUUGUAUGCCCGGACACUUGGAGGUGGCUUGUAAUUCUCUCGGUGCAUCGUGCACUACACUCGAGCUUUACAUUCAGCUUGCAGUACACAGAUAUGAAAAUAUUUUUGAACACGUGUGUGUGUAUAUGUAUACAGUAUACACGUUUGUUCUCCAGUUGUGCGUUAACACCCCCCCCCCCCCCCCCCCCAAAAAAAAGGCUUGAUCCCUUGACACCCGGUAUGAAACGGCACUUUACAACCAUCUUGAAAAACUGAGUCCUGGAGUCUUUUUUUUUCUACACUGUGAAGUUAUUUUUGUCUUGAAUCCUGAAUUUCUUAUUUUGUCGUUCCGCUUUUGCAAUGGUGACGAGCGCAAUUUGUGUCUUAAAUGGUCGUGCUUAUCCCUAAACGGCGCGCCAAUUAUCUUGCUUACUUUUCAUUUGUGUGUCCAUGACAGUAUUCCUCGCUACCAUUUGUGUCUGCUUUAUUGCCGUGGCCCUUUGAUGGCUCACCGAAGACUUGUUCUGGACUGGAUCUCGUGCUUUUGCUCGGGACAAAUACUGUUUAGACAAGAUGAAAUUGUCUUAUACAGUAGUUCCAGUUUCACCUGUUUGUUUGUUGUACUUUGUAAAUAUGUCCAUCUAAACGAGUUUUCCUUUCUGAUAAUCUACGCUACUGUACUGUCUGGAUUAGAGCAGGGAAAAUGUUGAACAAUGCAAACAAAUCUGCUGGUACAUAAAUAAACUCUCAUUACUAA